CUAGCACUACCACUAUGUCCGUCGCCCGAGCAGCAACCCUGCUUCGUCCUAGAGCCACACAAGGCGCACUCACCGCAGUCAAUCGAAGACAUUCUCACCACGAUAGCCAUGGGCAUGCGGCAGAAGAGAGCGUAGCUUACCCUGCUGAACCUGGCUUCAACACACCACUCUGGCGCGGAACCAUUCUUUUUGGACUGCUGGCUGUCGGUUUCUACAAGUUUGCGCCAGAACGGGGAGACGAUGUCUACCUGACGCGGUAUCUUUCGUACCUAUCGACGCCUCGGGAUGUAUGGGCGCGGUUGAACGAGCGGCACCUCGAACUGUCUCAGGAAGCGUCGAAGAAUAUUAUGCUGCAGGCGAAUGCCAAACGGCCUGACAUGCACCGGUUCAGGCACCCACAGACGAUCGUGGCUGGUUCGCCGCAUUGCAAUCCGGUCGGAGCUGUGCCAAACACGCAGUGAAGGGAUGUUGGCACUGGUACUGGAAUGAGAUAGAGCUCGAUGUGUUGGCCUGGUAGUGUGUGCAGCAUGUGUUGGCCGUCUAUGGACAGCUACUCGGUACACGGGAACAUUGUCAUACAUAUCCAUAGAAUCGAUAUCGGCGAGCCCAGCCAACUUUGAAAGACUGAG